AUGGAAUCGAAAUAUAUUGAAAUCUACAGAUAUUUUACCGUGGAUAUAUAUGUGCCAUACGUUUCGGGUUUAUCAUUUCACGGGUUUUUACACCUCCUGUAUUAUAUUGCUCAGUUGAAAUUUCCAUACUUCAAGUAUUUACUGGAACAAAUGCAAAAUUUGCUUGCCUAUUGUGAUAUGUCGCUGAGACACUACGGUGUACGAUCGGCACGACUUAGGCGUGCUCAAAUUCGUCGUGAAAGUACGAAGAAGUAA